AACACCUGAAUUUCCCACCUGUCUGUCUUAACGAGGGCUUGUCUACCUGGCGUACAGUUACCUUUCAUUUAAAACGUCACUUGUGUAUAUUAUUGAAACAUGUGCUACUGGUUGCCGUGAGAGGUGUUAUCUGUAUCGACGUGGAGUAUCUAAAGGACUCGAUAUAUUGAGUUAUACCUUCCCGGGUGUUUGUGAGAGGCAGGUGUAUGUGGGUCGUGUGUUGGUGUGAAUCAUUAACGUUCAGUCAUUACGGUCCGCGGAAUCUUCAUUAUUUAAGGUAAAACUUCCUGUAAGUGGCCCAAGGGAAGUUUUAGCUCUACUACGAGAUAAAUUCCGCGUGACGGUCGGUUUCAGGAAUGCUGGCGGCCACUUGAGGUGCCACCUGGCGGUAUUAAGUGACAUUACAACCGUCACGAGCCCGAACCUCGCCCCGCAUGCCUCAGUCGCUCCUUGACGGUAGAGGGGAAGAGACACGCCUGUCACUCUACCAGCUUAUAUAUCUGUAUAAGUCGUAUAUACACCUGUUCUAAGACGUUUGAGUGGUGACAUAUAUAUAAAAGAAAAAGUUAUAUGUGGAAACCUCACGUCUGGUUCAAUAUAUCAAAGUGUCAAGUUUUUCUAUUACAACAGUUGAAAAUUUCCCAAAACUUGUUAAACCAAACUAAAAAAAAGAAAAGAAAAACAAACACACUAUACUACGUCACAUAAGUGUUACGACCUACAGUUUACGCAACGAGAAGAAACGUAAACACAACCGGUCGCUAAGGAGCCAGGAGCCAAUAAUUGACCCGGGUUGUGAGAGCUCGGGAGCCCUUGGAGGAGUGAGAGAGGUCUAGGACGCUGCCUCACUGAGAGCCCUGAAGGCGGCGCAACAAUUAGCAGUGUCGGUAGCGGAGGUAAUUAGCACAUGCACCUUGGGCUGCCGCACUCACGACACUCCUCCGUGACGCUCCAGCUCUGGCACCGCGAAUGAGGGCAAGACACAGGUUGCCUGAGGUGCCAUGAUGACUGGCUGAGGAUAAUAUAUCGAUUUCAUUUGAGCUAUAUAUUUUUUUCGUCAGUUUUUUAUUAGGAUUCUUUUAUCAAUAAUCAGUUGUCUGUCAGGUGGUAGCAGAGUGAUAUGAUGGGAGAACACGGUGACGAGCCCCUGGGGAUGGUCUUAACCCGCGUGUGAAGGCAAUAGCCACAACAAACUAUGGCUGACGUCGCAGUGAGUGAGGUCACACAGUCUCUCGUGUCCAUUGUGGCUCACGAUGGCCCCGAGGACACCGGGAGUGACGCUCUUGUGCCUUCUACUAAACAGACCAGGAAGACCCGCUUCAGGAAGGUCAGGCCCCCGGACCUCAAGGGCAGGAGAGGAAGAGAGGAGAAGAAGAACGUCACUAUGGUUAACAGAAACCCGCAACACAAGGACUACCUGUCAGAACAGAGGAGCAAGAGAAUAGAGAAGCAGAAGUCAAAAGGGAAACGUGACGGAUUGAUAAGGAGUAAUAAGGUGACAACUGAUGAAAACGAGACGAAAGACGGAGAAGUGGAGGAGCCAGAGGAGGCCGUGAAAGAUGAAGACGACUCGAGGGGUGUAUCGGCCGGCAGCAACCUCAGCAAAGAUGAAGGGAUCAGCAGCAAUGGUGAAAAAGACGAAGACCUUGAGAUAGAAGACAGAGACGACGGCGAUAAAACUGACACCAGAGAAACUGGCCAGGAAAUGGAAGACGAUGAAGGACGAGGAAGUAUUAAUGGCGACGAGGAGGAAGCAGCAGCAACCCCCGCCUUGACCUCUCGCUCAGAUCUGGAAGCAACUGGCACUGAGGAGGCUGACAGUGGUGCUCCUGACACAGAGGGCAGUAAUGCUGACAACACGAUAGAGCAAGAACACCUUGAUUUAGCAGAGCAAGGUGAAGACAUAACGACAGAUAUGGAAACAGUAGUAGAAGAACAGGAGGAGGAGGCAGAGUACCUUAGAGAUGCUGCUAUCGGUUACCACGGGGACAUGGAUGAACCCAACUCUCUGGCAGCGAGCUCACACGGUUCCCUCACCCUCUCUAGGGACGCAGGACUUGGCACCACGGCUGAUCUCUCUCUGAUGAGGAACGAAUUACAAGACAUGACGGUGGCGGAGAAUGAUGAACCUGAAGCAGAAGAACCAGAUAAAGAGGAAGAAGUAAAGACAGAAGAUACCGAAGAUGAAAUUAAAGAAGGAGAGGAAGAAACAAACGUUGACUUAGUAAAUGAGACAGAACAGACGAACGAAGACGAGGAUAAUGGAGUAAUGCUGGAUGUUGAGGAGCAUGGUGAAGACGAGGCGAGGGCAGGUUUUGACAUGGAGGAAGACAAGGCUGACGACGGAGAGGACAUGGAAGACAAUAAUGAUAAUGAUGGUGAAGGUGGUGGUGAGGAGGAAGGUGCCAUGGAAAAUACAGUAGAUGAUAGUGCAGAGAAAGUGACUGGCGAAGAAGCAGCAACUGGUGAUGUCGAAAGUGAAUCAAAAGAGGAAGCUAAUAAAGAAGAAGAGGAAGAGAUCAAAGAAAUACCAGCCAUUGCAAAGAUCCCUGGCACGUACAGAAGAGGGAGAAAAAAUAUAGCCGCGAGAACCCCAAGAAAACAGGAGGUGGAGGUGAAGAAGACGCCCAUGUCGAAGAAAUACGAUGCGACCAAAGCACUGACCAACAGGAAACCCAUCUCGUGGAGACCGACGCCGAUACAGGGAGCGAGUCGGCCGGAAGGGACACAGCCGAGGAAUAACCUAUCGGAAGCUAGGAAAUUCAAAGCCAGAAAUCUAAACCCAAAAUCAAUAGAAGAUCUAGAUAAAAAAAAUGAUGUGGAGCAAACAGAGGCAGAUAAUAAAGAUGGAGAUUCUCAAGCACGUCAGGAGGACACUUUAGGUGAAUCCUUGGAACUUCCUCCUGUCAACAUUCCGGUCUCCGGGGACGGCGACUCCGCGGUAGUGCUGGACACAUUCAGGUCUGAAGGUCACAACUCUCAGGCUGACUCUCAGAUAGAAGACGACUCUCAGCCCAUCAGCAAGGCGGAAUCCAUGCCGGACAUCCACUACCACGACAUCACUCGUCCCAAUACUGCAGGGAAGAAGGGCCGCGGCGUGAGGAGGAAAAAAGGAAAACCAAGAAAGGUAUCCAUGUCUAUUAAAUCGUCAGUGCCACAUAAGGCAGGAAAGGGAGGAUCUACCAGCGAGGUGUGGGUGCCACAGGAGGACAAACUCUACGUCUACACCUACAGUUCUCAGCCAAGACUUCUGCACGUGAGGAGGAUGGCCGCGGGGAGAGUCGCCACUACCCACCAAUGGGACCCAGAUCCUAACUCCUCCUUCAGACUCAAGACCAGGGGGAACGGCAACCCAAUGUACGACCGUCGUGUUGUGAGAGGCUCUAACUACGCCAAACGUCUGGGCAGCGGCGAACAUCCAAAGUGGAACCCGUACUUCAGCAAUGCCCGCUCAUUGGAACAGCACCAGGAGGAACAAGGGGACCAGCCGACGCAGCAUCACCAACAGUCGCGCCGUCAGGAGUUUCGGGAGAAGCUUGAGGCGAGGGCGAGGUUAAGAAGAGAGAACCACGGCGUCUCGUCCCUCUACCCCUCCCACGCCUCCAGCCACGGCCACAGGAACUACCCCCGCACCCACGUCCACGUCCAGACCGAGAACUAUUACGAGCCACUGGAACGUCCCCCGGAGAUUGAGGUAGAGGUGCAGACAGAGCCGUGGGCAGAGGACGGAUCCAUCCCUCCUAUAGUGUUCCAGACGCCUCGAGGAGUGGACGUCGACACACAGGUCUACGACAAAGAG